AUGGCGGACGAUCUCCCAUUCAAAGCUGAAUAUGCCAAGUCAAAUCGUUCUUCUUGCAAGCUUUGCAAGGAUAAUAUCGCCAAAGAUAGCCUCAGAGUAGCUAAGAUGGUACAGGUAAGGUUAUCUCUUUGAAGUCUUAGCCGAUUUUCUGGAUAAACGCUGAACUUAAGUUGGAUGAAAUUCCGCAUGUUGAUUUCCCUUGCCAGGCUUCGAAAAUUAGAAUGGCUUUGUUUCUUUUAGACUCUAAAUACACGCCCUCUUUGUUACUUUGCAGUCUCCCCACUUUGAUGGCAAGGUAAGGAAUAUUUUCAGCGUUGUUUAAUGAUUUCAUACAACAACUUCUUUUUCUGGUGUUGCAUAUUUGCUAAUAAUUAAAACUUUUUGUUAUGGAAAUUUUCAGCUGUCCACUGCACUUUAACCAUUGGAAACCCUUACUUUCAACGCCAGCGUGUGUCUUUCGUUGAGAAAAUGUUAAAUAUCAAUGCUUAAAUUUCGAUUCUUUAGUGUUAGAACCAAAAAAAUCUUUUUUAAAAACAAUAUUAGGGACCAUUCAUUAUUUAUGCCAGGGGGUGGGCUGGCAAGAAUGAGGAGUGGGCCACGUCAAAUUCAGGACAGUCAGAAGGGGGGGUCAUUAAUAAAUCUGUGCACAAAGAGGGGGGGUGCUACCUCAUUUUUUAUUUAUUUUCAAACAAAUACUUUCAGUGCUCUUGGGACUAACGGCACAUGGUUUGCAAGCCUCCUAAAGGCUAACAGUUCAUAACUGGCAGUUUAAAGCUAAUAAAGAAAACAGUCACAAUUUCUACAAAAAUUCGUAGAAAUUGUGACUGUUUUCUUAAUGAUAUGUUCCAAUACCACGUUCAGAGGUCUUCCUCAUUAGUUUUGGUCCCUGAGGAGUUCCCACAACUGCAAUGAUCAACAACAAGGUCAAGCUCGCAGUCACUUAUAAUGUUAUUUCGACAGAAUUACUAGAAGACAAUACUUCUUGCUCUUGCCUAGAGAUGUUUGCAUUGAUUUCUAAACUUGUUUGAAAGAAACAUGAGCGAUGAUUCCUUGGAUUUUACCAUUCUUUUUCUCAUGCAUUUUAGUGAAAGUUUCAAAUGAAAUAAAUCCUUUCUCUACCUUAAUCUGCUGGAUUUCACCAACGUGAAAUAGAGUGUCCCAGUUAAUCUACCUGCCUGUCUGACUUACAUUCUGUACAGGGUUACCACUCACUAGAAGUUAGCUUCACAGAAAUCUAUACUUUUUUAUUUUCUAUAAGCCUGGUUUGUUUUUUAUCAACGCUUUAUCUUUGACCAAGAAUCUUUACUCUGGAAUGAAAAACAAACUCUAACUUUGUCUUUCUGAUACAAAAAAAAAAUUUGAAAAGAACUGGUGUGUCAUCGAUCCUUACGGCUACCAUUGUUGGCCACUUUUCUGACAUUUUUCGCAUUCACUCUUCUUCCAUUUCUGCAUAUUCCUGAAGACUCAAGGAUAUUACUUUGUUUUCUGAAUCCAUUUGUGAUGUAAAAUCCCAGUCUAUUUAUUAUAGUUCCAGCACAGUAGAGAGCAGAGUGCACCACUGAGGAUGAAAAGGAUCAGUUUGAUAUAGUGAUGCAGACUACAUCUAGUUCAAACACUCACUAAUCUUAGCUUGCAUUUUGUAUUUUUGUUUUAUAUAGGUAAAUAUUUUGUUGUGUUCAUUUUUGUUUUGUUUUGUUUGUUUGUUUGUUUGUUUUUGGGAGGGGGGAGGCUAGCCAGUUUUGAAAACCACAUUUAGAGGGAUCAUUCCUCUUUUUAGUUUUCUUUGGAAGGGGUCAAAAGGUUUUGUUGUGCUUUCUGAUGGAUCUUACCAGCCCAUCCCCCCAGCAUAAAUAAUGAAUGGUCCCUUAUUUUAGUCCAUCUGUUGGAAUGCUCCAAUUGUGCAUUUAUCAAUGUAACCCCCAGGGGAGAGCAUGGAAGAAAGGUUAGGAUUUGAUCCAGAAGUAAAAAUUUUGGCUUUUUUCAGAUUCCCAACUGGUUUCACUUCAGCUGCUUCUUUAAAAAGAAUAAUGUGAAAACCUUCACGGACAUUGGAGGCUUUGAUUCCCUCCGUUGGGAAGACCAGGAAAAGGUUAAGGGAAAAGUAGGAGGUGGAGGAUCGAAGGGGAGUGAAGCUGCUGCUGCCGCUAGUAAUGGGGUGUCAGAUGAUUUGCAGGUGGAAUAUGCCAAGUCAAAGCGAAGCAAAUGCAAAAACUGUAAAGAACAGAUUGACAAGGUGAGGCCAUGUUCAAGUUAGAUGUAUUUAAUGUAAUGCAAGUUCCAGUUAUCAGUGGCGGAUACAGGAGGGUAAGCUGCCUAGUUUAAAUGUUUUUGAAACUUCACUUCAUGGGAAAGAUUAUCUUAAUACACCAUGACUCAUUGUAACUCUUAUUAUUAAUAAUGUAAGUUUUUCUAUUUUUAACUUUAUAGUCAAGUAGCUCCUUAAAGUAUUUUAGUCUAAUUUUACACACGAUUUCUAGGAAGACCAUGUAAAAAUGAUGCAAUUUCGUGUAUAAAUAAAGAUUGAUGAUGAUGAUGAUGAUGAUGAUGAUGAUGAUGAUGAUGAUGAUGAUGAUGAUGAUGAGGGUCUGAGGAAUUCAGAAUAGCUCAUUUGGCUAGAGGGCUGCUCUGGUAUCACAGAGACCAGGGUUCAAAUCUCAGCAAGCCUGAAUUUUUUCAGUCUUUCUUUUCACAAGUGCAUAAGUUGCCUCUUUAACUGUGAUGAUUUUCUUUACAUUUAUUUAAAUGCUCAGUUACAUGUAUUUACAGGGAGAGCUUCGUCUUGCAAAAAUAAUGGAACCUGAUGCAGAAUCCAAUGCCCCGGCAGGAGUCCCCAUUCCAUGGUGGCAUCACGUAGAAUGCUUUAUUGAGAACCGCGAGUCACUGGGAGUUGAAAGCUCCGUAACAGCCGAAUCAUUUACUGGCUUUAGUAAUCUAAAGAAAGAAGAUAAAGACUUGUUGAAGAGUAAGCUUGGGUCUGGAAGAGGGAAAAAAGGGAAGGGAGGCAAGAGAAAAGCACCAGCAGUGGAUGAAACAGAUGCAAAAAGGACAAAGACAGUCACAGCAGAAGAAGAUGAGAUUCAAAAGCAGCUCAAGGUUCGUUUGAAAUUGUUGGUAAUCGUACAUAGCUGGUGGGAUUCUUACAUGUAUGUGUGGGGUUCUUUCUUGGCAGCUGAGGUGCGAGGAAUUUUUGCAAUCUUCUCAUGGCUCCACCCCCCAAAACACAACAAUGACAGCAGUAGGCGGCUAAUCCCACCAGCUACAUAUACACUGUAUGCAGGCUACAGUUUCUAGGGGUGUUAAUGGGCUUGAAUGUCUGCAAAUUUGGUCCCCAAAACACAACAAUGACAGCAGUAGGCGGCUAAUCCCACCAGCUACAUGUACACUGUAUGCAGGCUACAGUUUCAGGGGUGUUAAUGGGCUUGAAUGCCUGCAAAUUUGGUGUUACAGUUAAACCUCUCCACAACGGCCACCUUGAGGACAAGAGAAAGUGGCCAUUAUAAAGAGGUGGCCAUUAUAGAGAGGUUUAAACAAGAGUUAAUGUAUGGUUUAAUUGUCUCCUGGGACAAAUAAAUUGGCUGCUGUAGAGAGGUGUCUAUUUCAAAGAGGUGGUCGUUAGAAGAGGUUCAACUGUAUAACUGUAAACUAUUAAUAAUACCGGUGAGUACAAACUGGCUGUACCCUAUGAAAGUAAGCUACCUUUUUGGUAUACACAGUUUAUAUAAAUAAAAAAUUGGGGGUAAAAUAUUUUCUGGAAGGAAUGACAACUUUAUAAUAUGUAUGUUUUCAUUGAUUUUUCAUUUUGCCUUUAGUUUAAAUUUAUUUUUCCUUAAUUUUUUCCUUAAUUAUUUUUGGGUGUGUUACAUGUAAUAAGCAAAACUGAAUUUCAAAGACAGGAAAAUAAUAUUAAACCAUGACUUAGGUAACAAAUAAUAGUUCUUGUAAGUCCUAAUUUCUUUACAGAAUAUUUUACAAGUGUAGGUUCAUUUUUUAUCCUUCUGCUGUCCGACUAAUAGACCUGUACAUGUAGAUUAAUACACUGUUUCUUUUUUAUCAGAAACAAAGUAAACUGUUGUGGAAAGUGAGGGAUGAUUUACAAAAGAACUGUUCCCUACCAGAAUUGAGAGAGAUGCUGGAAGACAAUGGGCUGAGUUCACAAGGUGGAGAGAGUUCUGUAAGUUCAUAGAGUUAUUAUUUGCAACUACAUAAUAGGCGAUGUACUGGUACAUUUUGAGAAGUACAGCUGUAGUUGUUGAAUUAACAGUGAUCAUUUCUAAAAUUAUGUAUAUCAUGAUGGUUGAUAAAAGCCUUGCUGCAGGGUGACCCGAAAACACUGACCCCCAGAGCUGUGCUAUAGCAGAGCCCAGUACAGUGGUCCCUGGCACCCAACUUUUGCUCUUGGGCAACCAGAAAAUCUCAAAUUUUUCAGACACAUCAUAUGCUGGGCACCCUAGAUUUUAUAGGUUCAGAGCGCUGGGCACCCUUCAAUUUUCUUUAGAGCACAGCCUUGCCCUCAGUCCAUGGACUCCCCUACAGACCUGAUCCACAACCAUCGUACGGACCAGUCCAUGGACCCCCCUUUAUGGACCCCUCAAAAAAAGACAACAAUAAAAAUGACAGUUAGAUAAUUGCCUCCUUCACUGUGGUGAUGAAAGGAGGACCUGCAUACUUCAAAAAAGAAUAACUUAGCUAACUUGUGUAUUCACUGCCGGCCUCUGAUUGCCUGCCCAACACUUUUCCCCAAGUGAGACGGCGGAUAACAUAAACACCCUCCAAGAUCUCCAUAAUUCUUCAGAUGAUACGAAAGCCAAAUUCAAUAAUUAACAAUUAUUAAUGAAUGAGGCUGAGUAUCUUAAGAAGAAUAAUAAUUAUGGAGCUCGAGGAGGGUGUUAUCCUUCAAGGCAGUAGGCUGAGGCGGAUAACACCCUCCGAGAUCUCCUUGAUUCUUCAUAAGAUACGAAAUCCAUUCAAAAUAAUUCCUAUUUUAAAAACAAUAGCUAAAACGUGCUUACCUCCAUCGAUGUUAAGUUUAUCUUCAAUAGUGCACAGUGGAGUGGAGCUGAAUAACAUUAAAUUUUAAUGUUAUUCAGCUCCACAAAUAUUCUCCAAAUAGCAGAUGUCACCCUUCGAGUUGUCUUCUUGCUCUUCUUGCCAUGUUUUUAGCUAUUAUUUAGCCUAGUUCUUACUCUUGAAAUGAGUGAAAUGUCCGCCAUGUUUGUUUUCGCAACCAAAACAACUCAACCUCACCCCCAGGUCUUGUCGGUUAAUGGUGCAUUAACCUGCAGGGAAGCUGCACUUUUGAUGUCGUCAGUUGAUUAAUCGCAAAAUUCUUCCAAAUUUGGUCAUCAGUAGCUGGUUAUGGUGAAUUAUGGGUGUGCUUUUAGCCAAUCAGAAUCAGGGAAAUAUUUUGAAUGAAUAAUAAUAUUGUUUUAUUAUUCAUUCAAGGUAAUUAUUCAAUAAUUAUUCCUAGUUUAAAACAAGCUAAAACAUGCUCACCUCCAUCGAUUUUAAGUUAAUUAAGUUGAUUUUAAUUCUCCAGAUAGCAGAUGUCAUCCAUUGAGUUGUAUAAUAAUUGCUGUUCUUGCUAUAUUUUAAGCCAAUAGUUCACCUAUUUCUUCCUCCCGAAACAAUUUUGUACUCACUACCUUAACAACUCAACCUUGUCCCCAGGUCUUCUCGGUUAACUGUCCAGUGUUCUGGCCAUUAUGCUGUAAAACUGACAUCAUUUUUCACAUAUUGCAAGCUUCUUCCAAAUUUGGUCAACAGUAGCUGGUUAUGAUGAAUAUUAUACUUGGAAUUUUUGCCAAUCAGAGACAGAAAUAUGUUGAAUGAAUAAUAAACUGUAUUAUUUAGGAAUCUUAUUGAUUAAAAGUGAAAUUCUCAUUAUGAUACGAAUGGUCUAGCAGGCCAGUUCUGACAAAACACUGUAUUCAUGUACAGUGUAUGUCCUUGAAUUCAUGUUCAUUUUACUUUUAGGAACACUGCUGCAGACCAUUAUAUUUGCUAGUUCUGACCAUGUGGGCUGAACUUCUGCAGGAACUGUAAUCAAAUAGUACUUAAAGUGAAUUAAUGACAGUUUUGUUUGGUUUUUAAGUUGCUUGACAGAUGCUCUGAUGGAAUGACUUUUGGAAGAUUGCUGCCUUGUGAGGAAUGUAAAGGUGGUCAGCUAGUGUAUAGGUUGGUAAAACGUAGUCUUUAAGAGAGUGAAAAACCAGUUCAUGUACAGCUGUAGUCCUGAUGUACAUGUGCAAUCAAUUAAGUCAACAAUUGAUAUAUUAAGCAGUCUGUCAAAGUGACAAUAACUGUUUCAUGAAGAGUUUAAGGCUUAAUCAGGUACCUCCAGGUCGAACUAUCCUUUUCUCUCUGCCUCCAAGUACCUACUAAAAUGUUCUUCUGCUCCAGGUUUCUUUUUACAAUGUCCUUGAAUCUUGACCUAGUCCAUCCUUGAUUUCUCUUGCCAUCAUGCAACUUUGAAUACAACAGCUGCCUAGGAAGCCUGGCAAAGUCCAUCCUCUCUACAUGGCCGAGCCAUCUCAGGUUCAUCUGAAUUAAAAUAUCAGUCAUAGGUGGAAGGCCAGCAUUCUCCAGAAAGACUUUGUUUAGAUAAUGUUCAUUAUAUCCCUGAGAUGGCACAUCAUGUAGGCAUGCACCUUCUUCACUUGUGACUGGUUUAUGGUCCAAGUCUCUGCACCAUAGAGGAGUGUACCGAGCACAACAGCGCAAUAUCAACAAUUGAUAACACUUGAUAAAAUUGAUGAAAUUCAUAAAAUUGAUGGCUUUAACAAGGAAAAAAGUUGUGGCCAUCGAUUUCUGGUUUUUAUUGAUUGCACUGGUCAGGAUGCAGUAUAAAAAGGUUUAUGUUUAAGAUGGUAGUCUCCACUUGAGCCUGAUAUUGUAGGUAUAAUAUCCUGGACUCUUUUCUAGAAUCAGUUUUGGAGGACUGAGUUUUGAAUGACGCUUUUUCAGGGACCCUCUUGGGUGACAAAAGCAAACAACAAAAAGAAAAAAGUAUAAGUGACAUGAAGAGGUUCCAGGAGAAAAACCCAAAGUGACCUCUGAUCUAAUGUUAGAUUCUCCUUGAAAAUAACUGCUCAUUUUCUUGUGAAACAUGGAGAGAAUUCAAUUUACUGGUUGUUAUUAUUAAGGGAAAUUCAAUUACUAAUUUUGCUUUAAUUGUGUUGAUAAAUUAGAACGGAAGGUUAUUGCUGUACAGGCAAUUUAACAGCUUGGACAAAGUGUAUGUUUGUCACUAAGCAGCCCAAGCGAACUCAGUGGAAAAUUUCUGAUGAUUUGAAAGGUGGAUCAGAGUUUUUGUAAGUACAUAAAUGAGAACUUUUCUCUGAGUACACUGUACCUUCUUUUGCUAGGGUCACUGUGGUAAUGAUUUCACUGUAUGCUGUUUGCCCGAUGAUUUUAAAUAAAUGUGCUGUAGUUAUAUUUUUGUUUUAGGAAGAAUUUUAAGUGCAAGAAAAAAGAGAGAGUUUUUCCAAAAGUGUCUGCUGUGGCCUCAGUAUCAUCUAAGGUCGUCAAAUCAGAGGCUGUUAGUUCAAGGUAUGUGAUCAGUGUACAUAAUUUGUAAUAAUUAACCUUCCUAUGGCAGUAUGAUUUGUCGCUCUAUGAACUCCAGCGGUUUAAGUUGAAAUCCAUAGUUUACAAAGAAAAAGAUAAUUCUGUUGCAGCACUUGGAUUUUAGUAGGAAUUAAAAUCCUCACACUAACAUUCUGUAUAAGUUUAUAUUCUCUAGCGUAGCUGUUACAUGUUGUUCGAUGUAAUUUCUACCUGUUCUGAGCAGGGUAUCUGGAACAGUGGUCUCUGCCAUCGCUCCUUACUAAACACACACAGUUCCCCAUAAUUUACGGUCAUGUCUUAGGCCCUGUUUACAAGGAGGAAGGGUAACCCCGGUGCAAGGGUUACCCUAGCAAGAGGGUAACCCUUGCACUCGCACAUUUCUUCUUUUUUUACAUGGCGUGUUUACUAGGCAGGUACAUGUAGGGUUACCCUAACACUAGGAUAACCCUACCUGAGUGCUAGGGUUACCCUAGUAAGAGGGUUACCCUACCUGUUUCCCUACCUGCCUUGUAAACGUUGCGCUAGGGAUAACUCACCUACCUGUGACAACUUUCCCCCGUCAUGCUUGACCAGUAAUCUUGACAACGUGAACAGAAUAUUAUUACAUGUAUUCAAUUUCUGAGCCAAAUUAUAAACAUCUGAAGAAUAUAACUAUAACGUAUUUUCUGUGCAUGAUGAUAAUAUUGUCCUGUUUUUUCGUGAAUUUAACGUGUUUCCCAUUGAGAACUUCACGUUUUAUUUCAAAUCUUGGACGAUGCAAAGAAUGUCAUGCAUGACAAAACACAACAGUAAAGUUGGUAAAGUUGACCCAGGUGAUAGGGUAACCCUAACUGUGAAAUUUGCUUAGGGUAACCCUAGCACAAGGGUAACCCUCUCUCCUUGUAAACAGGUCCUUAUGUUAAAACCUAGAACAUUGCUUAAAAAUCAACACAUCAUCAUGGAGGAUCAUAUUCCCACACAGAAGGGAUUAGAAAUUCGACCGCUAUUAAUAUUGACCAAUAGAUCGGUCGACACUACCUACAGUAAACAAGAUCCUUAAAAUUUUGUCUGUUCAAUAAAUUGUCGUUGGUUGUGGGUAUAAAAUUUUCUUAGGUAAUGUAUCUCAACUGAAUUUUUUUCUUUGUGUUUUCUUAUUUUGGAUAUAUGUCCUGUAUGUAUCAUAUCAUUUUGCAAACUUUCCAUUUAGGGCUGCACCAAUUUCAGCUGCUGCCACUCCAAACAAGCCUCUUUCUGACAUGAAAUUUGCUAUAAUUGGGAGACUACAGCAGAGCAAGGUUAUGUGCAUUUUAUUUAAUUUUUAAUACCACUCGCACACUGCUACUGCUGUUAUUUCUUGUUUGGUCUUUUCUUUUCUUUUCUUUUUGCCAACAAUGAAACUCAGUGCGCUAAAUGCUCAGCAACAGUACAAUGAGAUAAAAUUGGGAGUUGCCUUAAUGCAUGUUAACAUUAUUAUGUCUAAAUCUGCUGUUUAGGAUGCAAUUUCAACAGUGAUACAGGAUCUGGGAGGAUCAGUAGUUGAGAAGGUCAAUGCUUCUGUUGACUGUUGUAUCAGUUCUCAAGGUAUAUACAAUCAUGUAAUACGUUGCACCACACAUCACCAAUUGUAAUUUUACUCAUAAGAGUGUUUGAAGAAAAGUUGUUCUGGGAAAGAGAGUCACCCUCCCAGCCGAGUCAACUGAAGCAAGCGUUUAUAUCGGAAAAAGGGUGACUUCUUUGCGCAAGCCAAGAGCUGAUAGCAGUGUUCACGCAUGCUCUGAUUGUCUGUUCUCAACCAAGGUGACCCAUCUAGGUGAGCUAAAGUGUUUAAAUAUGAAGACGAGUUGGCCCAGGUGGAAGAGUUACCCUAAUAGCGGCUAGGCAGGUCACCCCUCUAUCAGAGCCAACUGUCUCUCAUGUAAAGAGUUCGCAAAGUUUUGUAAGAAAAUUUAGGAAAAGUUGGCUUGCCCAUGGUAGCUCAGGUAGGCUAGGGACCCUUUUACCUGAGACUAGCUCUCUCUGGUAACCGGUCGUUUUGAUACAAGUUCGUUUCGAUACAAGUCAUUUUGAUACAAAAUCAAGAAGUGAAAGUGCACAAAAAUUUCGAAAUGAUCAGUAACUCUCUCUCCAUAUAAACGGGGCCUGAGACAAUUCACAUGAAUUUUAAUAGCACAAACAGUUUGCAAGAGUUGCUGUUGGCAGUUUAUUGUAAUUGUUAGUAAUGUGUGCUCAUUUUUACCCCAAAAUGCUCUCUGUUUCUUUUGCUAGCUGAAGUAGAUAAGAAGAGCAAAAAAAUGCGGGACGCUGAGAAGUUUGAUGUUCCGGUUGUUAGUGAAGAUUACUUAGAUGCUGUUAAAAAGGGUGGGGCUAUUCUGAUGAUCUCACAGCAUAGCAUUUCCUCAUGGGGAACCAAGAAGGUUGGUUUCAAGACUUGUAAAGUUUGUGUGUGCUGUGUAUGUGUGAAUUGAGACUUGCCACAAGUCUUCCUCAUGAGUCGCACCGCAAAAAAAGCCGUAAAACGAGCAGGCCAACCUUUUUAGGCCUUGAAAUGGCCGAGGGAGCAACACCAUAUUAAAUAAAAGGAAUGACUUUUUUGAAAUUCUACUCUAGUGACAAGUUAACAUAUUGUACAUGGCUUAGUGUAAGCGAAUUACCCUUAUUUUUAGCCGGUAGUAGCAUGCUUUUUUCCACCUGCAAAUACAUGUGCACGUUUGGCUUUCAUGUACGUUGUCUACGCAUGAUAUCCUAAAGUGCGACCAUUCAAAAAAGCUACUCAGCAGUUCUUUCCUGGUACCACCUAACUCGUCCCCAGUCAUCUCUCACAAACCUCUUCCUGGUGGCGCGCAGGUGGCGCGCGGGGUGUGAUGAGGAGGAGAAAAGUGAGGGGGAGAGAUCGGAGAGAGGGGGCGCUUUCUAUGCAACCAAAACUUUCGAAAAUUUGGAAACAGCGGCAAACGGUACAGAAAUUUCCCGGAAAAGUUUCCAGAAACUCCGAAAGCUGUUGAAUUUUUGAAAUGCGAACAAUUCAACCGAAAAUUCUAAAAAUUCCGCUAGCAAAGUUGAGUGGGAAGAAGACUUCCGGGAAGAAAUUUGCGAAAAUUUAGGUAUACCUCACGACGUUUCCUCUCUUUGGAAGUUUUGGAAAAUGCUGUCUCAUUCACGUUUUAGUUGAAUGGAAAGCGCCCAGAGUCUUCCUCUCUUUAACCUUCCCAUCACCCCCUGCUCUCACCGUGCGCGUUAUGCGAAGACGACAGGCGACGAGUCAGUGGUACUACUAGUCACAAUUUAAAACUCAUGGUGUACAGAGCUGCAUUAGCAAUCAGUCAUCCUAGAAUUAGCCAGAUUAGCGGAAGACUAGAGACUAUCAUUUUCUAGCUGAAUAAAACAAAAGUUAAAUAACUUAUGUUGGCCUGCGAUGCGAACGCAGACGUAUUUCCGGUCGUCGCUUCUUUCGGCGACCGGAAAUACAUCUGUGUGCGCAGGCUAAACUUUAUGUCCGACAACUUUUCAGCUUUGUUAGAGGGACUUACGGUGUUAACGGUUACCUCAUCGGACAUGUCCUUUCUAAAACAGAAACAACUAUUCGUAGGUCUGGAAUCCUGGUUUUCCUUUUCCGCCUGGUUGUGUUUUGAAAACAUUAAGGUUACGGUUGGAGUAUUUGUAAUCAUUCUUAGUCUGCGAGCAAGAUCUCCAUUUGGGGGUAUCCUUAGAAGUCAAGCGCGAGCGGCAUGCGAAAGGAGACGCGAGAGCGAGCGGCUUUGUCACCCACUCGCGCGUUCCCGCGAGGCUUGCUUAACUUACUAACCGAAAUGAAGAGCUUGCUGCAGGCUAAAUCAUUAUCUGAGUGUAAUGUGUAAUGUUUUAUCCAGGGUACCAGUGUGGUGGAUGCACCAGUCCCUCCAUCAGUUGGAAAAUCAAAGCUAAAAAAAAGUUCAUCUGAAGGAGGUAAUUAUCAUUAUCAUUCAAAGCAAAGUUUUCUUUCUUUUCAUUGGCCGAGAGCCCAUCACGUGACCUGCAAAUAACUGCCUACAAAUAAUAGUCUGCCCAUGCACAAUGCCGUCCAACUGUGUUUGGCUGCAAAUAAUAUUCUGCACAUGCGUUAAGGAAACCGUGCUUCUCUCCUUCUUGCGAUCGUUCUUGCGUGAAAAUGGCAGAUCGCUUCGCUUCCCGAGGAUAUUCAUUAAAAAAGCAAACUCGGUGAUCGAAUGAUAAAACAAUUACUGAACUCGGUUAUCGCAAAAUAUCGUGAUUGGUCAGUGUCUCGCAGAUCAAUUAUUUGCCGAAGCCGAAGGCUGAGGCAAAUAAUUGAUCUGCUCGCCACAUGACAAAUCACGAAAUUUUAGUCAACCUCGUCCAAUAAUUGUUAAUUAUUUGAAUGAAAAUAUAAAAUAAUUUUUUUACCAAAUUUUACUUAUGUGGAUCGCCCAUUUUUUAGUUUUGCGGGAACUAAAUAGAUUAUUAUGACUUCUCACUCGAAACCGUUCCAUAUCCUUUCGAACGGCUGAAUGCACGGCAACUGAACUGAUAAGAGACGGAUAGACGAGCCACUUAAAACGGUUACCGUGAACGCUUAACUGCUGCAGAAAAGUUUUGAAUAGUUGAAGGCUAACCUCUGAACAGCUGAAGAAAAUGUUUGAAUGGAUGUUGUCGACUGGAACCAGCAACAAUUGCUGUUUUUUUUUUUUUGGUCGGGGCGGAUUAAUUUUUUCCAAUUUUCAGAAAGUCGUGCACUCGAAAUGCAAGUGAAACAGCACACUACGAUGUAAAAUUCAGUGCCACUAUAUCACUAUCACAUCGUCUGACUCGCAUACCCUAGUGUUGCUGAAUGCUGAUCUUAGGCUGGUUUAGAAGUACAUGUAGGUAACUACAAGUGUUCUCCAUUCAGCUCUGUCCGGGGACUACUCUCUGUUUCAUCCUGUAUAUGCUGCGGGAAGUGUGUUUGAGUCUGUGUACGAAAUCCUGUAGAGUGACCAUUCAAAUGAAAGCUACUGAGCAGUUCUUUUCUGUAGUGUUGUUUAUUUUGUUGUACAAGGUGAUUCUAACUUUUUAGUCCGUGCAUGAAAUUCUAUAGAGUGACCAUUCAAAUAAAGGCUACUGAACAGUAGGGAUGGUUCUUAAGGGCAUGAACAGUGACUAAUUCUUUCCUAUCCACUCAGAGGAUGUGGCAGGCUAUCUACAGUCUGCGACACAGUUGUUCUUUGUGUCGGCACGCAAUGCGCCUCCCCAUUAGAAGUUUUGCUUGACGACUCAAACAAUGGCUGUGUAUCAGACCCAUAGCCCCGUAUACUUAUUGAUGAUCUUUUCCAGGUCCUACAAAGAAGAUGAAGGUCGCUGUGAAGGGAGGGGCUGCUGUGGACCCUGAGUCAGGUACCAUUGCAUCAGUGGAAUUCUUGAGGAAGCAGUGUCGCAGCUCUUUUAAACCUCUAUUUCACUGGACCCCUCUAUGUCGCAGCUCUUUUGUUUUAUGGACAGAUCUUAUCGUCAACUUUGUUUGUUUUAUUGUUUUCUCAUCUAGUCUCGUGAGGUAUUGUAAGAGCUGCGGCAUCACUGAGCGUUGUUCAUCAUUUUACCACAGAUCUGCUGUCAGUGACUCUAGUGCCCAUGCGCCUUGUACCGCUGAGUAGUUAGCCUGUGAAUGCAGCCGCCUAUCAUUGCGCGUAAAAGCGUAAUUGUAGUGAUGCUGAGGACCCGCUGUUUACUUCGCAGCCAGUAGAAUUAACAAUUCAUGAAUGAGGCUGAGUAUCUUAUGAAGAAUUACGAAGAUCGAGGGUGUUAUCGCGGAUAACACCCUCCGAGAUCUCCAUAAUUCUUCAUAUGAUACGGAAGCCGAAUUCAAUAAUUGUUUUAUUAUUCAUUCAAAAUAAUUCCUAGUUUAAAAACGUACAGUGUAGCUAAAACAUGCUUACCUUUAUCGAUGUUAAGUUUAUCCUCGAUAGUGCAUAUUUAGGGUUGUUCAGUUCGCAGAUAUUCUCCAAAUAGCAGAUGUCGCCCUUCUAGUUGUCUUCUUGCUGUUCUUGCCAUGUUUUUAGCUAUUAUUUCGCCUAGUUCUUACUCUUGAAACCAGUGAAAUGUCCGCCAUUUUUCUUUUCACAACCAAAACAUAUCAACCUCGCCCCCAGGUCUUGUCGGUUAAUGUUGCAUUAACCUCUAAGGAAGCUGCACUUUUGACGUCAUCGGUUGAUUCUUCCAAAUUUGGUCAUCAGUAGCUGGUUAUGGUGAAUUAUGCGUGUGCUUUUAGCCAAUCAAAAUCGGGAAAUAUUUUGAAUGAAUAAUAAUGGUUAUUCAAUCGACAAUAAAAAGCAAGUGCCGGAAAUUUAUCCCGCUUUUCACAGGACGUGAAUGAGAUCCAGUGAAUCAAUCAGAUCUUCAAGCAUAUACAUGUGUCCGCGCCAAGCGAGGGAUUUUCGCGGUAAAACGUCUGUUAGCAAGUCACAGUUGUGGCCUUAGUACUUUUCCUGACUCACUAGGAAAGUGGCAAGAUACUUUUCAGCCAAUCAUUGCAUAGCGUAGUGUGUUAUAGUAAUCGACACUUAAUUAUUAAAAACUGCUCUUCUUUCACUUUGUCAGAGAUGGAAGAUUCUUGUCACGUGUUUGAGGAAAAUGGAGAUGUUUACAGCGCUACUCUGGGUUUGGUUGAUAUUGUGAGAGGCACAAACUCUUAUUACAAACUGCAACUUCUAAAAGAAGACAAAGGUCAUAGGUGAGGUGCACACACAAUUUUCCUUUUAUAUACCUUUGCAAUAUUUACUUUCACAGCAUUCCACUAAUACAAUGUAAGUACCGUGCAUGGAACGUAUGAGCAUGACUUGUGUAAAGCCAAGGGAAAUUGGAUUCACACAUCACAUCACAUAAAACUUUGUUUAUACUCGAAUUUUAGGGUAGCUAACAAGCUAAUAUCUUCGAGCUGACACUACAUAAAAACUAUAUAGAAAAUAUUAUAUACAUUAAAUGCAAGGAAAGAAAAUAUCAUUUACAAUUUACAAUUUUAAGUUUAAGUAUGUUUAAGAUUAACUUAGGUUUCUGGGAACUGCCCACCUACCCCUCCCUUAAGCUAACAUUUUGCCCUAGAUAAGAAGUAAGUGUUAAUGUUAGCUUAAGGGAGGGGUAGGUAGGCAGUUUCCCCAGAAAGAUAAAUGAUCCGGGAAAUUUUCGGACAUUUGUGCGACUUCGACAAUAUUUUAUAGACACUUUAAAAAUAGACAUUUAAACGUACCAUAAACCAGUGACCUUCAUUGUUUGUUUUCUUUUUUAGCUAUUACAUUUUCCGUUCGUGGGGAAGAGUUGGCACCACCAUUGGCGGAAACAAGCUGGAGGUAUAUAAAGUGUUUCAGAUGACGUCAUAUCCACCACUGGCGGCCAUGUUGGUGCCCCAAACUAAUCCUUGGGGAGCUGAACCUUUUUUCUCAUGUAAAAACUCUGUGGUCGUUGCCAUCGUUGUUGCUUAAGCUCUUUAUUAAAGAUUUUAAAUUUGGCGAAAACACGAUGGAAGCCUUCAAUAAUUGGCGGAUGAAACAAACUUGGACACGGUAACGAGUAUUUUUCAACAUCCGAAAACAACUGUAGACAUUUCAAAACACUAAACUUUUGAAAACUGCCCUGCUUUCUCUGGGGAAAUUAAAAUGAUGUCUAUAUCUAUUUUUUUCGCUUUUUGCUUGUUUACAGCGAUGUGGUCCUAAGAAGUCAGCCAUUGAGAAGUUUAUGGAGUUAUAUGGCGAGAAAACUGGUAUCGUCAACGUGUGAUGUUUCUUCCUGUGUGCCAUUGUGCCAUUGCCUUGUCUUGACUUGUCAUCCCGUAUUUAGCAGCGCAUAAAGACCUAGGCUGUAGGACUCUAUUUUUUCACCACUUUUUUCCGAAUAAGUUAGUAGACACAUCCAAAUUUCUUCGUUUACGAAUUCCCACUUUAUCCAUCACCAUAAACACGCACAGAAAAAUGGAAAUUGGCAAAUAUCUAGCCGUCUUCACCUCACACUUUGUCAAUAAUGGAUAUACUGUAUAUUGGAUCCCCCCCCACCCCCUAAAUUGAUCACUAUGUUUUUUGCAACCACGAUGUCGGUUAUUAGCAACUUGUUUCUUUACCCCGCCAAACCGGCUCUGUUACUUUCCUUUAUUAAAACCCCGCUUUAACCAAUCUGCGUAGUGCACAUUGCUUGUCAUUUAGGAGUGACUCUUAAAUCGUAAGCGAAGUAUUGCUAGAAAUAUUGCAUUCUUUUCUGGAACUGAUAGUUUUAAUUUUUUUCUCAUGUUUGCCUGAUUUAUUUACAGGAAACAGCUGGUUAAACAGAAAGAACUUUGUGAAACAUCCAAACAAGUUCUAUCCGCUGGAAAUAGAUUACGGCCAAGACGAAGAGGAGUUGAAGACCACAAUUGCACCAGGAAGCAAAUCGCUUCUUUCCGCUCCCAUUCAAGAACUGAUCAAAAUGAUAUUUGAUGUAGAGUCCAUGAAGAAAACACUCGUAGAAUUUGAAGUGAGCCUCUUUCUUGUACAGUAUCUCUCGGUAACUGAUAUAGGGGAGAACGUCUUAAAGUAACAGGCUUUUCAGAUAAAAGAUAAUUUUCUUUUAUUUUUUUGUUAGAUUGACUUAAAGAAAAUGCCGUUAGGAAAGCUAACAAAACGGCAGAUAGAAAGUGCAUAUGCUGUACUUGGAGAAGCACAGAAGGUUAGCGAUUAAUAGAAAUAAUUAAUCUUUGUUUAAGCUUCAAUGUAUUCAGCACUUUUGUACGUAAGUGUACUACCUGAACACAUUACUGUAUGCGGGACCGACAACAGGCCACUUCCGAGUUUCAAAAUCCCUCACUUUCAAAAUAAGGCCAAGUGCACAACCUUUCUUGUAAAAAUGAGUCUUAUUUGCAUGAAAAUGAAAAAUCAUUUCCAUAUCAAAGGCUGAGCACUUAACCUCGUUUUGAUACAGAGGCCUGGGGGAACUCGGAAAUGGCCAAUUCUACGUGAUCAUCCGAGCUUGGCGAUAGUCUAACUGUUUUCAGGUCAAAGGUAGUACCUUCGUUCUCAGUUAUUUAACCCUUAGUGUUGGUCCGACUCCAAGAAUCGAACCCUUGACCGCCCGCUUAGCAGACUAACGCUCUACGGACUAAGGUUAACCCGACGCGGUUAGCCGUUAGCCUUUAGCCCAAACUUUAAGGUCGACAUUGCUUGAGAAUGUCCUCUGCUCUUCCAAUGGCUUGGCAGGGUAAAAAAGCGAACUUCUAUUAAAACAUUCAGAAUAAAGUGGCAGGUACACUCUAUUUAGAACUACAUUUGUACACUGUCUAGUGCAAAUGUAAUCUGACAAGGAAAGGCUCCGUGAACCAAGCGGGUCGUGAGUUAUUGGGGUAAAAUUAAACUUGCCACAAGUCGACCUCCUCGAGCGAAGAAAGUUUUUAGGCCGCAUCCCAAUUCGCAAACAAUGUUGGGAUAAACAAAGAAUGACUGUAGAAUGAUUGUAUGGUGUUUCGUUUUGUAUCCUUAGAGUUUUUUUCCUUUUUUUUUCUUUUCAUGUUUCCUGUUUUAUUAAUUAACCUGUAUGGAACGGAUAUUUUCCAAACAAAUGAGGCCCCGUCCAAAUCAUUUUGGGACGGUUAUCCAAAUCCGAAAAUAUCAAAUAUGAUGAUUUAGCGUCAUAUGUACUUCUGUAACAAUUUGGAUCCCGCGAAUAGCCCUCCCCUCCGCUUCCCAAUUCCAAACAAUGUUGGGAUAAACAAACACUUGUAGUAUCCUGACUUUUUAAUAUCCUGAUUUGUAUGGACGGAGCCAAAACAUUGUAUCCAAAUGAAACUCUCUCUAACUUUUUUUGCUUGUUCUAUUGCAGCUCAUUUCAGAUGGUGGAAGCUCUAAUUCCAUUCUUGAUGCGUCCAACAGAUUUUACACACUUAUCCCACACGACUUUGGAAUGAAAAAGCCUCCAAUGUUGGACAACUUGGAGCUGAUUCAGGUGAUCCACACUUCUAGAAUUAAGAAGUGGGAUGAAUAAGUGGGAUUCCGGAUUUCUUGAGCUGUAUUUCGGAUUCCACUGCAAAAUUUUUCUCCAUUCCGGAAUCCGGGUUCCCUUACAUGGGGUACAAUACGUAACACGAUUACAUAGACCUUAUUCACAACAACCGCCAUCCUUGCACGCGCUAAAGGACUGAUGGGAAAAAAAGCAUUGUCACGUGGUUCCUCAGAGGCCAAACAAAUGAUAAAAGCUGGCAAUGCAAGAAAUCGCGGUCGAGUUUGUUUACUCUAGACAACACAAAAUAAAGAACUUUUGAUAAUAAAGAUUAUGGGUAGAAGUAAACAUCGUUACUUCUGUGGAUGCUAUAGCGACCGUAGAUGUCCUCACAGCAAACAAUAAUGACGUAAAUCUUGUCGAAACUCGAAAUGUACUUUUUGCUAGACUCUUAAAUCGUCGUCUUGUUUUGAUAGCACGUGACAUUGUUUUUUUCCCAUCAGUCCUUUAGCGCGUGCAAAGAUGGCGGGUAUCGUGAAUAAGGUCCAUUACAUGUCACAUAUGUUUUCGACAGAUUAGCAACGAAAGUGCUUAUCUAAUCGCAUUCUAACAACCUUAGUAUCUGUCUUCUAGCAUCCGUAUAGAGCGUUUUAACUCACGUGGCCAGCAUCUGUGCAAAUUUAUUGGAACAAAACAAAGCGUUUACAUAAGAAAAGAGUUUAACUCCCACAGGACUGGUUUGGAACACCAACAUGGCCGCCGUGACGUCAUGUGUAAACGCUCUAUUUGCUUUAUUCUUUACCAGACUGUAUUCACGUUGGAAUCUGUAAAUAGAGUGAUUAUUUUCGCAUAAAAACGUUAUAGUAAAGUUUAAAGGAAAUCUUUACACAGCGGUCACCCUGUAUAUAACGGUCACCUGUCCAUUUCCCAAGGGUAACCGUUAUAUACAGGAUUGAUUGUUUUUCUUUUUUUAAAAUUUCAUUUAAGGCUAAAGUUGGUAUGUUGGACAACUUGCUCGAUAUUGAAGUAGCGUACAGUUUGUUGAAGAGCGGAGAGGAAGAUCUGGCUAAAGAUCCUUUGGACGUUAAUUACGAAAAACUAAAUACUGAUUUGGAGGUAAAGAAAUAAUGUUUUUUUUUUUUUCAUUCGAAAGUAAUUUUUUCCCAGAUUCUGAUGUUUGUUUUUAUUAAUUUAAGGUUCUUUGCAAAGACUCCAAGGAAUUUUCUAUGAUCAAGCAGUACGUGAAAAACACACACGCCGAGACGCAUACUCAGUACGAGCUGGAAGUACUAGAGGUAACCGCGUGGAUUUUUUCUUGUUUCUUUAAUAUUGGAGAGUUACAGUUACUUUUAUUCAAGCGUCUAUAAUUUAUUUUUGCCGGGGAUUUAGCUGCUGCAGUAUGAUCAGGGUGUACUGUCAACUUAACUGUCCGCAAGAGGGAAUUUGUGUUACCAAAAAUACCUCCGUACAUUUGAAGAGCAUUUAUGUAACUCCGCCUAUGACAGAGUCAAGGCCAAAAAUCAUGAAACUGCUAUACGAAUGUACCUUGUCUAAAUUGAGGAAUACUAGCAGGUGGCCUUUCUUUCUCGCUUCCAGGUUUUCAAGGUGAACCGUCAGGGAGAAGGCGAUCGAUUUCAGCCAUUCAAAGAGCUUCACAAUCGCCGCUUGUUAUGGCAUGGAUCCCGCACGACAAACUACGCUGGCAUCUUGUCUCAAGGGCUCAGGAUCGCGCCGCCGGAAGCCCCAGUGGUAAGCCGUGUUACAGUGUUUAUGGAGCUCAGGUCCAUCACUGAUUUCUGACAAAUCAGAGAACAAAAUGAAUUAUCAAUGACAAUUUCUUUAGAUUUACUGUUAAUGUCUUUCUUCGACAGACAGGUUACAUGUUUGGAAAAGGCGUUUACUUUGCAGGUAUGUUUCAAAUUUUAAAUUUUGCGUAAGGGUCGGUUUCUUCUACCUGCCCUCUAUCUUCACAACUGUGUCACGGAAGCUCCGAGAAAGGCUCACUUAAAGAAGGAAACUGCUGAGCGUAACUAUUGCGGUAGGGGGAGAAUAUGAAGGUGGAAGUGUGUAACCAACGCUCGGUUGAUCUUUUCGCCUUCUGUGCGUGCACUUAUCUCAUUCAGCGGAUAUAGCGCUAUGAUGACCGUGUCGAAGGACCUUAAGAUCUGAUCAUUACACGCAUAUAUAUACGUUUCUGGGAAUCUUACCACCUACCCAUCCCCUAAGCCAACAUUUUGCGCUAAGUGAGAAGCAAGUGUUAAUGUUGGCUUAGGGGAGGGGUAGGUGAACAGUUUCCCAGAAACGUAUAAUGACCCAACAUCGCUAAAUAGUGAAUUUGCGUUUUUUAAAUCUUCAUGGUGAUUUUUCCAAGUGACACUCACUUACCUUGUCAAAUGUAAGCGAAAUCUCCUUAAGUUGAAUUCCUAGGAAACAUGUAUAAGUUCGAAAAAGCAAAAGAGAAUUUCCUCGUGACAUCUUUACGUCCUCCGUGAAACGUGAAAUUAGGCAUUUUAACAUAGAUUUCGUGUAUUGAUGGCAAAGACGUGUACUGAAAAAGUGUGCUGCUCUUGCAAAAUUGUUGUUUUGCUUAUUAGACCUUUUGCCUUUUGAUGUUGUUGUUUCCUUCGCUGUCGUUAGAUCUUAUUCAAGUUGCAAGCGUUCGCAUGACAAUUACGCGACUAAAGAGAAUCUUAGAAAAUCAUAAUAUGUCAGAAACUAUGCAAGGUUUUGCUUCACUUCAUUAAAUUUAUUGACAGUUUUAGGUUUUACUUCCGCGAAAUAAAACCUUUGAGUAACAAAAUUAAUGUUGCUAGAAGUUCGCAUUGUACUAACCUCUUCAUCAACAUUCGUUUUGCAGACAUGGUGUCCAAGGUAAGUGUAGCAAAUGAAUGUUUUUUAAAAUUUCCAAGUUCUCAGUAACCGUCAUGUAUCAAAUUCUUAUUGGCUAGUUGUGAGAAUACGUUUUGACUAUAAUUAUCUGUUUUUUCAAUUUCUUUUCAGUCUGCUAAUUACUGUCGUACCACACCAUCUGAUAAUAUUGGACUGAUGAUUCUGUGUGAAGUCGCCUUAGGAAACAUGUAAGUGUCACAUAUUCCACACAUUCUUUGCGCAUCUUCAAGCGCGCGCUCAUUUUGAUAAAAGUGGUGGGCUGGGUCGAAAGCACCCGCGCAAACACUUGUGGGGUUGUUUGGGGGAUUUGAACGCCAAGACGGAAAAGGCGUUAGCUCUUAUUGAUCGAACGGUCAAAAAAUGCGACCGUUAACAUUUGUCAGGGUUCAUUUGUGGUUCUUUCUGUUUUUUUUGGACACAGGUGAAUCCAAUCCUUCCAAUUUCUUCUUUUUCUGUUUCUGUAGGCAUGAGUUGACUGCAGCUAGUUACAUAGCAAAACCACCAAAAGGAAAACACAGCGUCAAAGGUAUUGUUUUGAAGGUUAAGGUAUUUUAGUAAAAUCCAACUAAAGGUCUAUUAUCAAUGCUACGUUCUGAUUGGUUGAGCUACUACUAGGCUAUAUGUUAUAGCCCACUAGUAGCGAAAAGCGCGGGCUUUUUGGCGGCAAAAAAGGAUAAAAGUCUACCUUUUACCUAGCCAAAAUUUCUUUAUUCUCGAUAUUUUUGACCAACUAGUUGGAUUUUACUAAAACAAUUAUUCCUGUCGCCCUCAUGGCCUCUGAAAUAGGUCAUGUGUAUAUUGAAGUUGAUGUCAUCAUCACACAUCACUUGUGCUAAAAGUCAUAUGGUGACAUUAUUGUAACAUGGUAAAGUCAAAAAUAAACAUAAUUGUAACAUUAUAGAUGUCAAGGGCAACAUUGUUGCAUUGUGGAUCAAUGCCAGAAAAAUUGCGAUGUCUUUUGUGGAAGUAAGACGUCACUUUUUAGACGUCACUCAUAGAGACCUUCAGAUUAUAACACCAGGACGAGUUAUUCUUAAUACUAAGUAAUGCGCGCGCGUCAACCAGCGUCAUUUUGGCGGGAAAACGCGAUAGCCGUAGUCAUUUUACUGCAGCUUGAGUGAAAAUAGGGACCUUAAGAUCCAAGGACGGCGACCGCAGAGAAAACGUCGCUGAAAAACUGAAUUCGCGUUCUUUCAAUCUUCAUCGCGAUUACUCCAAGUCACUAACUUUGUCAAAUGUAGGUUAACCCUCCUAGAGUUAAAUUCCUAAGAACAAUAUUCAAGUUCAGAAAGAGAGAGGAAAUUUCGUCGUCGCUUGUGUACUUCCUCUGUCACCGUGAAAUUAGGCAUUUUCACGUCGUAGUCGUGCAGUGACGGCAGAGAGAUGUACAAAAAAGCGUGAUGCACGUGCAAAUUGCUGUUUUGCUAAUUAAACCUAUUGCUUUUGUGGCGUCCCUGUUGCCGUCGCCGUCGUCGGAUCUUAAGGUCCCUAAUGUCAUAGUGACGGAAACGAGUAAUCAAAUGUAAGUAGUUUUAUCAUUUUACGAUCGCGAGAGGGUGUUUGAGAACACGCGAAAAAAAAUUAAGCCAAAUCUCGUCCUCGCUGUCAUCUCGGCUCGUCGGCGUCCUCAAAUCUAAAGCUCUCUAUUAUCGGGUUAUCAGAACCGCAUGUAGCCCCAGACCAACCUCAUGCUGAAUUUUAGGGUUAUAAAACAUUAUUGUGCCGCAGGGUGUGGAAGAACCGGCCCCGAUCCCACCGCUGACAUCACACUAGAAGACGGGACGAUCGUCCCAGUUGGCAAAGGAACUAGCACUAGCGUUGCAAAUACAAGUCUACUUUACAACGAGUAUCCUUUAGCACUUAACUACUCUUAGACCUCUUAGAUUUAUUUCUAUAUUUUUUCGCUUAUUGUUGUCGAGUAGUGACAGGGGGGAAAAACGUGCGCAAGGUGCUGGGAAGAGAAGAAGAAGAAGAAGCCCUUUGUUUUACUUCCCAUCGCUCUCUGUACACACCCAAUGUUUUGUUUUAUCUUUUUGCUUUUGUUUACAGCCAAAGUCAUUCUCUCUCUCUUGUUGAUUUUAAAUCUCUUAACCUUCUUAUUCCUUAUUUACUUAGCUCGUUGAAGCCCCUGUUGAUGGUUAGUACUGUCUAACCGAAAUAUUACGUUGUAAAAUAGCCCUAUCUAGUUGCCCAAUCAGCCUUGCAUUUGGCUCUAGCUUACGAGUCUAGAGAUGAAACACCAACGCUUAACUAACAGCUGCGUGCUGAGCGGUUUUACAUGACGUCAGGUCCGCCAUGUUGUUGUUCCAAAAAAAUGAAACGGUGGCCGUGUUGGGAGUUGAACCUUUUUGUCAUGUUGAAUCUUUCUUUCGUUCUAAUAAAUUCACACAGCUUCUGGCCACGUGAAUGAAAACGCUCUAUCCUGUGCUGUGCAAGAUGGCUCUAACUCUUGAGUCAGUGAGCGAAAUCAGCUGAAAUUCUCAAGUGUCACUAAUUAAAUCGAAGCCAUUGAUAGGAACAUAUUCAAGUGAAUGUUUCUAAGAAUACUCCUGAGGUACUGUUUUUAUCUCAUUACCUUUUCAGUCUGUUAAAAAUAUCGUAUUGCACAAAUUUUCAGAACUGUAUUUUUUGUUUCGAUGGUGGGCCUAAGUGAAUAAACCAACGGAAAAACUGAAGUUAUGAAUACAUGAAAAUCAUAUAUUUGAACUGUAGGGUAGGAAGUUAUAGACGCAACUUUUGCAGUUGCGAAAAGAAAGCUUGAAAAAAAUUCAGGCCACGGCCAGUCUACGGAAAAGUAACGCGAACUUCCAUCUUGAAUGUUUUUGUCAAGUUGAUAUAUUCCUUAAUUUAACACCAGAUACAUUGUCUACGAUGUUGCUCAAAUCAACAUCAAAUACCUUCUUAAGAUGGAUUUCAAAUACAAAUACAGUUGGUGAACUUGAAUUGUCUCCCAUCAUCGUAGAAAAAAGGAUGCCCGAUGCAAGAGCUUGAAAGGAAAUUAUAAUUCUUAAAAAAAUUAUUGCGUAGGUUACUUUUAGAUGAUUCUGUUGUUGUUAGUCGAUUCUGGAAAGGACAGAGCCCUUUUGUUGUGACCUUGAAAAGAUAACCCGAGGAAUAAAAGAAUAUAUAACUUGAGAGAAACUAUUUGAUUGGUUCAGAAAACGGAGGCUAAGGACUUUUAAUUGGUUGUGUGAAAACCGCAAACGCGUGCGGUUUUUGGUUGGUUUAGGAGACAAAAUGCCCGCCUUUGAUUGGUUUAACGAAGAGAAUAUAACCCUUUCCGGCUCUUGAUUGGUUGAGCAAAGAAAAGACAAACGCGUCUGUGUAAUGUCUGAUUGGCUUAGUGAUCUGAUCUAUCCUAGAACUAUGGAUAUUAAGAAACACUGAAUUAUCCAAUUAGAUUUAAACUUUAUAUCCUUUCGGUCAAGUGGCUUCUCUCCGUGACUUCUAUAGCUUCUUAGCAUGCAGGCCCUUUCCAUGUUACGAACAUAUUUUUGACGGGAAGGUGAGCAAAGCUUUCAACGUCUAGCGGAUUAAUCAGAUUGUGAAUCAAGGUCAUGAAAAACGCUCUAGCACUAUUGUUCUUAACUUCACGUGACAUGAACUUUCAGCUGCAGGAAAAGUAUAAUGAUUUAGCAAAACAAGUUUUAUUGACUGUAAGAGUUAUUGUUAUUGUUAUUUCAAG